AUGAGCUGGCAGCAUGACGAUCCCCUUGGAAGGCUGCCCAGGAGGUAUGGUGAUGGGGAGCUGGCCUGGAGCUGGAACACCAAAAGCAGGGCCCAUCCAAUCUUCCUCAUUGACUAUGCCAGUGGGAAGCCUCUCGCUUGGCCUGGGCUGCCCUCUACUCCCCAAAGACCCCACUUGGGACCCUUGUCCCCUCACAUGGAAACCUACAUCCUGUUCUGCUGGGACCUGCAGAGGCCUCCUCAGGAGAUCUCCCAAUGUGGAGAAGUUGUGACAGAGCUGGGCAAACAGCUGAGCAAGGGUACCCAGGUCCUGGCUCCUUGUCUAGUCAGGCAGCCCAAGUCCAAAGCAAUGUCUUCCAAGUCCUUCUUGCCCACAAGGGCUUGGGACACAGUCAAGGGCUCCCUGAAAGCAUUCUGUUCUUGCAUCUAUGGGCAAGAGGAUUAA